AAUUAAUGAAAAUAUUUCCCCCCAAUACAAUAAGACAAUGAAAUUAUCGUCCUUUCCCCAAUUCUUUUCUCUCACUGCAACUUCACCUUAAUUGCCUCCUUAACCUAAUUCAUUCCUUUCAACUCUCUGCUACAUGUGUUUUCAGAUUACGCUCACCCAUAUAUUGCAAAUCUCCAUCCCUUUCUCUAUUGAUAAGUAUUUCUUUGCUCAAAACUUUUCUGUUUUUUUCAACUUUUUGUUUUGUUCUUAUAAUUUAAGAUUCAAUUUUUCUAGUUUCUUAUUAAUGGGGAUGAAAAAUAAUCUUUUAUUGUGUACAAUAUCUGGGUAUCUCGGUACAAUCUUUGUUUUAUACUCAAAUUUUGAACUCUUUAUAAUUUUAGAUUCUUGGGCUAAAAAGAAGUAAUUUUGUUUUGUUUAAUUUUUGGAUAUGCUUCGUUAAUUAGGGGUUUCGUUUACAUUAAUUUGGCUUCUGCGUAACUAAAGAUUUAUUGAUAUGUACUGUUUUGGACCUUUAUUUGUUUGCUUACAUUGUGUUAUUUUUCUUGGGUUAAAUAGACUAAUUUGGGUUCUGGGUAAGUGUAUUUCAUUGGUUUUCUUGUGAUUAACUGUUUGUGGGUUCUUUAGGAUAGACUUUUUAUUGAUGGCAUAUUUUUUUCUUUAGAUUUGUAGACAUUUAAGUACUCUUUUGGACCUCUAUUUUGUCUGGUUCAUUUGUAUUUUUCUGUUAAUUAUUUGUGGGGUUUUAGUUUAGGCUUGGAAUCCCAACUAAAUUGUUCUAUGAAGCAUUAUGUCGAACACUCAAUUCCUUAGAAGAAAACAUACCGCCUUGCUUGUUGUUGUCUGUAGUAGCUGGAAUUAUUUGUUGCAACAGUUUAGGAUCAUUUAGAGUUGAUGAGUUCAUAUCAACACUCUCAUCAUCUGCUAGGAUUUCAAAUCCGUUUGGACUGACGAUAGUUUAGCAUAAUAGUGCAACUAAGAGUGUGGGGCUUGGGGUACAAAUAGGGUGUGGAAGCUAAAUACAAGAUGAAAGGGAUUACCAGUUACAGCAUAUAGUGCACAUAAUGUAUGAAAGUCAAAAGAUCGAUCCUGCAUUGAAAAAACAGUAUAACCAUAUUUCAGACUUGGUAUAAAAUUCAGGAACAAUGAAUUUAGGGAAAAAAGACUAACCAGAUGAUGAAUAUGCACUGCAGUCAAAGAUUCAAUCGGCCAUUGUUGGUCUUUAAAUAUCUGCAUUUGUCUGGAAGAAACUGCGACUAGUUGUGGAUUCUGUUGCUUGACCAAAAGUCCUUCGAAUCAAGGGAAGUGUUAGUGAUACUCUUUUCUGGGUUGACUGUGAUGUCCCCUCCGGGGUUGCACUUAAGCAAUUAGCCUUUGUUUUUAAAUGUUUUGAAUAUUUUUGUUUCUUAACUUCUUUACCCUUCUGAAACUUUUUUAAGUUUUUAGAAUGUUGAAAUAAAAUGCUACCUAAACCACCCAACUGAGAUUUAAAGGACUAACUGUGUGCAUUCCUUUUCAAGCAGUUUGAGAGUUUUUUUUGUUGACAAAAGUUUAGAGAAAUAUGGUGUUAGAUAAGUGCUCAUUGUUGUUUCUCAAUUGAAGAUGUAUUACUUCAUAAGAGAUGCUUCACGAUAUUAAAUUAGGGACAACUGAAUGUAUUAUCUAUGUGAUUAAUCAUAAUUCGAAGAGUUUUCUAUUACAAACAAAUUUAAGUUUGAUUAGAACUUUCAACUGAUGAUUCUUUUGACUGUGUGGAAAUUGGGCGGAGGGGGUUGAGUUGGAGCAUCACAAUGUAACUCAUGCUAUUGUGUUACUCCUUAAAAUUCUAUAUAUUAUGAUUUUUUUCUCUUUUAAUACCUAUUUUUCCCUGUUGUGUCCAAUAAUACAUGAGUUUUAUUUGUAUUUUUAUACAUGGUUUGAGAAUAUCUUUGUGCAGACUAAUUGUUGAGAUUCUGUAUAUUGAAGGCAUAUAUGACUCUUAAACUUAAAGAAUGUGCUUGUGCAAAAACCUUAUGGGUUUAAGCUUAGAUAAGACAGCAAAUUGGCUAUUCAAGAUCAAUAGUUACCUUUAAAGUUUUUUUUCAAUUUAUAUUGGGGUAAAAAAUAUCUCAGGUUUUUUCCCUUGUACAUAGAUGCAAGCUUUUCCUAUUUUUUCCUACUUCAUGUAGCUUUGUUUGACUAAUUUGAAUUAAACAUGGGAAGUUAAAACUGAGGUCUUCUACUCUUCCUUUUCGUUUCAAGUCUGUUGAAGCAUCUAAUAAACUGGAACAACUGUGAGUAUUUAUUAAGUGUUAAUUCUUCCAAUAUUGAACCUUACUCUGUCACACAACUUUGUUAUAAUGGAACUUCUUUCAGGCUACUUACUACAAACUGAAUUAUCUAUAAAAAUUAUGAAGUUCCAUACUUGCAGUUAGAAGAUUGGGUCAUGUACUUAAUAAAAUAUUUUAAUAACAAUACCUACACACACACACAUAUAUAUAUAUAUAGUCCAUCUUUAGUGGCUUUUGCUUUUCUUUUACUUUGUUCUUCCAGUUAUAUAUCCUUUCAUUCUUUAGUCUUUACUUAAAAUAAGUAAAUGUGUUUGGAAAAGUAAAAAAUCUGCUAUAUUUGUACCCAACCUAUCUGGGAGGAAGCAAUGAUAAUAGAAGUAUUUCAAAAUUCUAAUUUCAAUGUCAAAGUAGAAUCCUAAUACUUAAUGGAACGAGACUUAAGGAAAAAAGUGUAUAUCGUCCCAAUGAGAUACCUGAAGUUCAAUUCUAUCAAUUGAUUGAGUAUUGGGAUGACGAAGAUGUCCAAGUAAGAUUAAACCGUGCAUUUUUGCAUUUUCUACCUAUUGUUGCAAUAUAUGUUUUUUCCUUUUGAUUUAUUAAUUAAUAUGCUUCUUUUGUUGUUAGUAUAUGUGCCAAUUAAAUUCUGAAAACAGGAAAAAAAAAGUGGAGGCAUCAAAUGGGACCUAUUAAUUUUGCAAGAGUGCGUGUGGCAUUGGGCGUAACCAAAGAGAACAACGAGGAAUCAUCAAAGUCUGAAAUGUUUAUUACAACUCGUACAAAAAAAAGGAAGGAAGUUCAUACGGAUACUCAAGUUGCUAUAAAUUAUCAAAGUUCCGGAGAAACAGCAGAUGAUGCAUUUAGGGCUAUUGAAAAGGAGCAGCCUGGUCAGGUUAGAUGCUAUGAUAGAUCGGUGACGACAAGCUCUAUGAAAAAAGAUGAAGAAAUCACCAAGCUUAAACAACAGCAUGCCAACGAAAUAACUUCUCUAGAGGAAAAAAUGAAGGAAAUGAUGAGAGAAGAAAUGCUAUGAUUUUUUAGUCAAUUGGUGGAAAAAAAACCUAGACUGGAUUUUUAUGAUAUACAAGGGUGUGUUGGAUCUAAUAUUCCUUCACCGGUUGAUGCAAGUAGUGCAUGAGCUAUGAGAGGCCAUAAUCUACCACAUUCUUCUGGCUCAACUCAUGCCCCAAGUCUUGAAAAGG